AUGUUGAAAGUAGCUUUUAUACUCAUCGGCGCACUUUUUCCGCUGGCAGAGCCCAGUGCGGUGAGUCUAACUCGCAUUCAUUGCGAUAAGAACUCAAAGUUCUUCAGCACCCUGAACGUCACAGCCAUGAACAGUUCGAUCUUCGCGGACAUAGAAUUGAUUCAGGCCCUGAAGGCGGGAUUUCGAGGACACGUCGACGUACAGCUGCGUCUCAGCAAUGCCAAGACCUUCCAGAGCCUAGUCCAGACCGACACCGACUACUGCGAGCUCCUGACGACUCUCAAGGACUCGCUCUUCCGACGCUGGGUUAAGAGUGUAGUGAAGAAUAGCAACUUCAUGGAGAACUGCCCCGUUCCGGCCGGUCACUACUACUUGAAAGGCUGGCACGUGGAUAUGGGUCUGGUGCCCUCCUAUCUGCUGAGUGGCGACUACCGCCUCAGGGCAUUGGUUUACUAUGGGAAGUACCGCACCAAGAAGCAGCAGUUCCUUGUCCAGUGCAUUGUGGAGGCAACAAUGCGUAACAAAUAG